AUGGCAAGCGGCUACGAUGUCAACUACGCUGCGCUGGGACUCACGUUGGAGCGAUUCGAGGCGUUCAAGACCGUGUUUUCUUCACUAGAUAAGGCUCACACUGGGGCCAUCUCCACGAGGCAACUGGACGCGCUUUGUUUCCAGUUAGGCGAGACUCUCGACGAAGAGGAACUGGCAGUCGCUGCUGCGAGUCUCGCAGACCCGAAAACAGGCCUCAUCCACUUCAAUACCUUCCUGCCAUGGUGGAUCAGCGAAUAA